AGACUCUUCUUCUGUAUCGUUUAUUGUCUUGCAGCAUCUUAGAGUCUUUGUGCUAUGAUCAAAAUUUCAGGUCAAAUUUGAACCACCUGUGUACAUACUAUUUUUCAGGGACAUUUCUCUCUCACACGCACAUGCGCACACACCUCUUCCUGGUUUAAGUCCAAAUUUGUGUACUUGAGACUUGAUGUUAUGUUGUAACUUCACAACAGUAUAAAAAGCACGUCUCAAGACAUGUCUCUUGUAGAAUGAAGACUCGAUGCUUGGAACUUGAUAUGAGCAAUGAAGAAUACCAGAAAAAGUAUGAGCAACUGGAUGAAGACAGGGCAGACAUUAUCGCAUACCUCAAAAGGAUGCUGCAAGAGAAGGAAGAUGAAAUCAUGGAGAUGAAGGAACGGUUAGAAGGACUGGUGAAGACUCUGGAUGAAGAAAGAUCGACGCACAUGGAGAAGACUGGAAAUUUGGAACACGAAUUCAAAGUCAUGCACGAGCAACUGACAUCUGAAAUCAAACUGCUCACUGGUAAACUUAAUUCGCUGGAGGAAUUUCGUCUUCAGCGCGAUGACCUCUUAAAGAAGUUUAAGGUACAAGAACAAGACAUGGCAGAACAAGAACUAAGACAUAAACAAACACUCUAUGAAGUGGAGAGAAAGUUCAUUAUUGGAAAAGACAAACUUAAAAAGGAAAUGGAAGCAAAACUCCUUCAGUUGUCCAUCGACUUCCAAGAUGCUACACGUGUUCGAAUUGCUGCAACCACACACCGCACAGUAAGGGAGAACAUUGCUGUAAACAAUGAGUUACAGAAGAUGUUGGAAACACAGAGGAAUCUAAGAAAGGAAAAUAAAAUAAUGAAAGAGAGAGACAGGAAAUUAAGUCUUGAAGUAAAGUUGUGUGAAGAGGGAAGGGAUAUUGUACUUGCUAAGAACAUGGCACAACAUAAGCUGAUUAACCGCUUGACUAUGGAAUACGAUGAUAUGGCAAGAAAUAUCGGGGAACUACAGAAUUCUGCACAACAUGCCGUAGAACUGGAGCGACAGACGCGAGACAUGACGCGGCUUCUUGACGAAGCAAUGAAGCAAAUUACCUUGCUGGAAGAGAACCAGCAAGCAACAGAGCAAGAAAAGAAUGAGACUCUAUCUAAGUUACUGCAAUCUAACAUGGAAACCUUCAGGCUACAAAACAUUCUUCAUGCCGCUGUUAAGUCUGUCAAGGAAGCUUUAAAGGUUCAGACACAGCCCAGUUCUGAUGAAGCUCUGAAUCUAAGUCACAGAGAGAAUCUCCUUGGCAACUUAUUACAGUUGCUCAACACAUCUGACCUCUCAGAACACGAGAAACAAGAGAAAAAGUCAAAGUCAUUAAUGAAGAUAUCAGCAACAUAUGUGAUUGGAGAUUUUGGUCUUGCACCCAGGAGUUCAUCAAAUUUAUGUUCUGAAUCUCAUUACCCAGUUGGAUCCAGUGUAUCAGACAAGUCUGUAAAGGCAAGCGUGAAGGGCUUUCGUCAUUCAGGCGAGUUGUAUGUUGAGUCAGUAAAAUCUGAUGCAUCACAAGAAAGAUCUGAGUGUUCAACUACAUCUGAAGAACCAGAGACAAGUGUUAGGAGAGAGGAAGAUUUCAACAUUUCUAUAAAGCCUGUUACAGAAAAAGGUUCCCAGGAAGAGGCUGAAAUAGAAACUUCAGUCACAGAAUCACAGGAAGAAGGUUUAACUUCUGAGCCACGGGAUGGAGAUGAUGAUUGUGAUUCUUUCACAGAAACUAUUGAAUGAAACAUUUUUCAGCUUUUAAAU